CGUUGCUAAGUAACAUAGUAAAGUCAAAAGCUAGUGAGCAAAAUGUCGGAUUUCGAAGACGAGGAGGGAGUCGAUGAACCAGUAUUAGAUGACGAAAACGAGGAGGAAGGAACCGAAGAGGAGGAGAAACCUCCAGAGAAUCCCCUCACUGAGGAAAUGUUAGCCGACAGCCUUUCUUUGAUGUGCAAAACUGGAGACGGAUUGGCACAUGCCUAUGUAAGACUUGACGUCCACGAAAAGGAGCUGACAGAUAUUAGUAUACUCAACUGCUUUAUUCAUUUGAGAUAUGUGGAUGUCAGUGGAAAUCAGUUGAUGGAUAUUUCUUCACUUAACUCAUUAACUCACCUACUUACACUGAAGGCAGACAGGAAUGCCUUGCACUCAGCCAAACUUGAUGAGUUACCAUAUCUACAAAUUGCAAGUUUUGCCAACAAUAAAAUUAUGGAUACAGAGGGUAUCAAUCAUCCCUUGUUAGAACAAUUAAACUUAUCAUUCAAUGAGAUAGUAGAAGUAACAGGCUUUGAUCCAGUCAAGUUGGACAGACUAAGGGUAAUGGAACUACGAGGAAAUAAACUCAUGACCACUGUGGGACUUUCUAGUCUUCCUAACCUAAAGGAGUUAUACUUGGCUGCAAACACCAUAAGAACUCUUGAGGGGCUGGACAGGUUGGAACAUCUUGCAAGUUUACAUCUGCGUGACAACCAGAUUGAGAAGUUGGAUGGUUUUUCAGAAAACAUGAAAAACCUUCAGUACCUUAACUUGAGGGGUAAUAAUGUCACUGACAUGAAGGAAAUUGCCAAACUCAAAUGUUUACCACUGUUGAGGGCAUUACUUUUAAUGGAAUGCCCGGUGUCAGAUGAGGAUGAUUAUCGCAUAGAAGUGCUGAUCAGUCUACGGAGACUGGAAAGGCUGGACAAAGAUGAGUACACAGAUGAUGAGAGACAAGAGGCAGAAGAGAUUUAUGAACAAAGAAGACAAGAAGAAGCAUUAGCAGCUGGGACCCAAGAAGUUAUACACACAGAUGAUGAUGACUAACAGAAUAGUAAUAAGACUGUUGUGUAAUUAAUACACUUUUUAUGAACCAGUGACCAAGUACAUUAAGUGUGAAUUUGUGAUUUGUUUUGUGGUAUUGCAAUCUAACUAGUCUCAGACACAUUGUAAAUAAAAAUCUGCAAGAUGACUUGGUGUAAAAAGAUCACAAUUCCAUAUUAUUUAUUUAAUAACUUUCAGAAAGGGAUUAUUGUUGCUUUGACUUUUUCCCUUCCGAGACUCAUUUAUAUUAAGUAUCAUUUUCUUCUAAUGUUAGAUAUAUGACAUCAUUGCAAAUUCAACUAAUACAGCCGUUGUACUGUCUGCUCAUUAAGGUCUUAACAUAACUUACAAAAAUAGUAUUGUAAAUAAUUUUUUAAGAAAUUUGUUAUGAUUUUGAUCUCUCUGUCCAUAUACUUCAGAGCACUUGUAACAUGUAAAGUCAUCUUUAAGGUUUUUAUUCUAUUGAAAACAGUGCUUAUUUUGUUCUACUCUUUUAAAACAUCAAGUACAUUUCUGUAAUGGCACAAUUUAUACUCAGUUCAAAAUUCAGUGGAAUCUACUCUUAUUUUUCAGUGAUGAACAAUACAAGGUAUUUUUGAAUAAUCUAUACCUUCUGUUGUCAUUGUAUUGUGAGAAGCCAUUAAUUCAACAUGAACAAUGCAUAAAUAAUUAAGUUGUCAUGGUCACAGUGACCAGUGCUGCUUCUGAUUGAAAUCCCACAAAAUUCACAGAAAGGAAGAUGACAGUGACUGAAAGAGCAACUGUAGUACUUGUCAUAGUCUUGCUUUGCUUUUUUUCCUGUUAUUCCACACCACACCCACUCUGUCAUGAAUGAUUAUGUAAACGCCAACAAAUCCAAAAUGGAGAUAGUUAAUGACAUUAGUGUGUUUGUCAUAUUCAGCAUGGUUGACAAAGGCAUACAACAGGUUGCAUCUCUGUUUUUUGUAAAAAUCACUUCUUCUUUAAUCAAUAAUUUAAUAAUACCUAAUAACAACAUAUCUAUUCAUGA